GUGUGAACAGUUGACGAGGAAAGGAGAAUAGGACCACACAUUCAUUAUAUUAUUAAGAUAACAAUAACGUUGGAAAUCUGGCUUAUUCGUCUUGCAAAACUUCUAAAAAUAGCCACAGUGUUUACAACAAUCAGCCUGUCGGUCGGUUUCCAACGUUUGUUUCACUUUCACUUCACGAUUCGUGACCUCGAGUGUUAUCAACCAGGAUGUUAUAAAUUGUUAGGCUAUGACCUGAUUGUAAAGAGCUGUUUUCCGUUCAUUUCAUUUCCUGAAAGUUACUGGCAGAUCGGUAUAGAUCUACUGCGUUUUUUUCUGUCUAGGCCUACACAUUUCGGUCAAGAUUCACAGUGGAGUGUCUGAAGAAAGCCAAUCUAAAAAUCUGCAGAAAAUUCGACGAAAAGGCUGACAGUGAAAGAAUUUGAAUUUGGUUGCCUUACAAAACAAAUCAUGGAGAAUGAAGAAAUUGCGAGUGAUGAUUCUAAUGAGUAUGAGGAAGGAGACUCGGGAUCUGAUGAUGUUGACUAUUAUCAGUAUUAUGCUAUGAGCUUAGAUGACCCUCCUGGCUUACCAAAGGUCUGCCCCCAGCUGAAGAAUGACAUGGAUAUGCUUACUCAAGUUCUCUCACCCAAGGCCUUAGAGUUUCGAUCAUUUGAUGACAUCAAUGAAAUGGAUAUAGAUAUUUUUGUAUCAACUGCGAGCUUGGAGAAAAGCGUGGCAGAAGCUUGGGGUCUUGUCUACCAGGAGCCUGUGGUUGUUCGUCUGUGUUUGAACCAGAGAUUGUAUCUGGAGGCAAAUGAUAUUAUGAAGAUUGAAGUAUUACAGAAGUCAUGUUCAAGUUCCGUAGUCCUUUCACAGCUUAAAAAGAUUAUUGAAACAUUCUGUCGAGAGCAGUUUUCAAAGUUGGAUAACGAAGCAGUACAACAUGCUGUCAGCAAGACUCUACCUCAGACUGCAUGUGGCAAGGACAACUCUCUGGCUGAGAUUUUUCAAAUGGGCUUUAGACUGGAAGAUGCUCAGGCUGCCUUUACGGUGGCUGAAGGUGAUAAGCAGAAAGCUGUCGAGCUGCUUUUGACAGGGUUCAGAGUGGAAAGUGAACUGUAUGUGCAACCGCAUACCCCUGUGACAUCAGACCCAAAGGAAAUCCCUAGUUUGGAGAGAGGUUUUCUUCUUCAGCUUCAUGACUUUGUGCAACAAAGAAUGAAAACUCUGAACGAGUUUUGCCCAAUUUGUGACAACAAGCAUGAUGUUACAAGGCAGUCCAUGUUGAAGCCCGUUGUCUGCAACAGAGAACUGUGCAUCUUUGCUCUUGAAACUCUGGGAGUGUCGGCUGGGGUCACCUUCAUCAUGAACACUCAACCUGAGGUGACAAAUCUUUUGAUUUUAUUGACCAAAGCCGCAGUGCUUUCUCCACGCCAUGAGAAAAUUCUGGAACCUUAUCCUUCAGUUGUGAACCCACUUCGUCCCAACCAAAUGGCUCUUUGUAGCAGUAGAAAAGAUCAUGAAACCUUGAAGGUGGUGUUGAGGAGACUACCAAAGCUUCACCCCAAAAUAGCUUCUUCAGAGGCUGAUAUCCGCAAGCUGCUGGAUUCUCAGCAUGAACUGUGUUAUCCUCUAGUCAGAUGGAUCCUCAGCAGUAAUCGAUCACACAUCGUCCUGUUACCACGUGACCAGCAACUCAACUGUAUAAACACCCCGUACCAGUUCCUGUUGAGAAACAGCCCACCAGUUCAAGAUGAGAUGUUUAGAGCUAAGAAAGAAAGCCAUGGCAGUGUUUUUGCCUUCCAUGGCUCUCCACUUGAGAACUGGCAUUCUAUCAUCAGACAUGGACUUAUUGUCGCUUCAGGAACAGACAAACAGCUUCAUGGUGCAGCUCAUGGGAAAGGGAUUUAUCUGAGUCCAAGCAUCCAGCUCUCAUCUUCCUACUGUGGGAAUAAGGUUAUAGGCAUCAAGAAUCUGCCCCAACAAGGUUCAACGACAAAGGGAACUCAACAAGGCUCAAAAGCAAAGGGAAUAGAGAAGACGCCAGAGCUGGAUGAAGAUGGACCACUUGAGUUACCCUCAGACACACAAAGAAUGAUUUGUAUAGCUUUAUGUGAAGUGAUCAACGAUCCUCGCCACCUAAACAAACUUAGUACUGGCAUCUGGACAUGCACUCUGGGGGAAAAUGUUUGCACAAGAUUCUUUUUUCUGUUUGACAAUCCAUUGCCUUUUCAAGGGGCUCCCUGUGUAGAAUCCACUGCAGACUCUUUUCUCAAGCGGAUAAAAAAAGUACUGAAGAAUUAUGAUUAAUUCUGAUCUGUGGCAGAGUGAAAGCGCAAGUUUUGUAUAUGAUUGAGAUGUUUGCCAUUGUUGUUUGAGCUUGGUGUGAAAGAUUUUAGCGUCCGAGGACGUUUGUGCUGAACUGGCUUGGAUCCUAGGGUUCAUAAACACUUCUCCGGGAUUACUCUCCUGUUGUAAAUAUAGAAAGGCUUUUCGGAUUUGGCCAAGCCUAGGGGUAGUACUUGAAAGUUGUGUUUCUAUUCAAUUUGAUCAAAUUUGUGCUGCAUUAUCAUUUUUUAAAAAAUAGUAUAAAAGCAUGGCCAUAGGGAUUUUUAUUUAAGUUUUUUUUUGUUGUUAAUUAGUUGUUUUAUUUUUUUUUUAAAAUAAUAUAAAAGCAUGUCCAUAGGGAUAUUAAUUUGAAUUUCUUUUGGUAAUUAGUUGUUUUAGCCUCUACAUAGAUCAUUAGCAUACGAGGGGUAUACCAAAAGUUCUUUACCUGACCAUGAAUGAAUAAUGGUAGAAAGCUGAAACUUGGUACUCACCUUAAUCUUUCUCUAUAUAAUAUAGUCACCUCCCACAGUUAUACAUUUUUGCCAUCAGUGUAUGACCUUGAAAAGACCUUGAGAAUAUUGAAGACCCUCUCUUUCUCAGAAGACCAGCCCUCUACCACUUCUUUGACCUCACCAUCACUUUCAAAAUGCCUUCCUUUUAAAUCUUUUUUCAGUUUGGAGAAUUUUUACAAAAGUGGGACGGGGCUAAAUCUGGAGAAUAGGGUGGAUGUGGCAAAAUUCCAUACCCACUCCACUCUCUCGCGCAUUUUCUACAGCUUUUCUUGAAGUGUGUGCUGGCGCAUUAUCGUGAAGCACAAAAAUGUCUUUUUGGAUCUUUCACGUGCGUUUCCUAAGCCCAGAUCUAACUUCCGCAAUUUGAAGCGACGUCGAAUCAUAUUUUCUUAAUUGUGAUAAACCCAGAUCGAACUUCCGGUAUUCACAGCGCCGUCGAAUAGUUUUUUUCUUAUAUUGUGAUAGUCCAGAUUUGACUUGCGCUGUUCAACGCCAGUCACUGAGCGCGCGUGUGUUGUUGUCGCGUGCGCGCAGACAGUGCAAUGUGUUGACACCACGUCACCAUUCAGUUCAUAGUAUAGUGCUUCGAAUUUUGAGUAGGGUUAGGGGAGCUCAUUGCGACAGCUAACUUCAUGGAAAAAACUUUCGCUGCGCUUCAAGAGUCAAGUGCCCUUGCUUGAGCUGUCCAUAGUGUGACGAGUGAGUACUGAAUAGUAAGAGCUACUCUCUAAAGAAUUGUUUUAUAACUCUUGUAGGCUUCUCUUAUCACUCUGUCUCGUAACCAUCAAAUAAAGAGUAUUUCUGUAUAUUUAUCCUAAUGAUUUUAGAUAUAAUGU